AUGGAGCGACCGACGACGAAACCGGCGCUCAAGCCUAUCUACCCUCCCAGUCACAUCAACAUCUGCUCACCCUUCACCCCGAAAGAAUACACAUGCUGCCACUGCGACAACACCAGCAAUUUCCUUGUCUUCUCCCAAGACAGACGAGUUAGCUCCUGUCCCCACGCGCACGAUCCCCAGACCUGUGUCCCGAGCCAUCAUCGCAGCAAUGCCCCGCAAGGAUGCCAGAUGAGAGACCACCUCGGCCGACCCCCGCUCAAGCUCCGAAUCCCAGCUGCUUUCACCUGCGCGACGUGCAAGAAUCAAAACAGCAUCUUCAAGAUCAUGGCACAAGAGCUGGUGACGUGUAACUGUGGUGCACCUUACUUGGAAGCUGUAUAUGAUCAAUAUGGACAGAUCCUUUUAUGGCCUGGGCUGAGGGGUGAUGCCGCUAUUGACGAGCUCUCGGACCCGAAGAAGGUAGCUGAACUCAGAUGGAGGUUGAUUGAGAUGGGAGGGAUGCCUUGGGUGGAGGAUGAGACUAGGUUGCGGAAAUGGGUUGAGGAGCAAGAGGCAUUGGAGGAUUUGCAGAAGGCCGAGUUUGUCAGGCGGGGGAUGACGAGGCAGAAGGAGGAGGCGAGAGCGGCGUUGGGGAUGUUGAAGGGUUUGGGACCCGGCUCGCCGGGGCUUUCGCCUUCGGGGUCACCUUCGCCUUCACCUUCGCCCUCGCCGUCAUCGGAAAAUGGGAAGGGGGAGGAGAGUUGGGAUAGGCUGUUCAAGGUCGUUCCAAAACAUCAGAUUGAGUGCGUGUAG